AUGGUCUCGGUUGGAAAAUUGCUAUUUCUAACGUGUUUUAUUUGUUUCUUUCCUUUUACGACUCCUGAAGAAAUUAUUGUAAAAACCAGUUCCGGUCUAGUUCGAGGGACCGAAGUGAUUGCUUUUCCGAGUAACGAGUCUACGAUCGCAUUUUUGGGGAUAAAAAUUGCAGAGGAUACUGGAGGUGUUAAUAGAUUUAAAAAAGCUAUUCCGGUAAAGCCGUGGAGCAGAAUUUGGAAUGCUACGGAAUAUGGUGUAGCUUGUGUCGCGGAUCCACCCUUAACGUACAAAACUGAUGAUGGCGGUCCUAUUGGCGAAGACUGUUUAUGGACGAACGUCUUUACAAGCAAAUAUUGCCUCUUAAAAAAAAACUGUCCGGUGGUGGCGGUGGUUCAUGGCGGAAACUAUAAUUUUGAAUCGCCGGUGAUUUUCCCGAAAGAAACUGUAGCCAAUAAUUUUGUGGCACAGGGGAGGAAUAUUGUGGCUGUGGUGGUACCGUUUAGAGUUGGCUCCUUUGGCGGGUUUAAUUUAUCGCCUGGAAUUAAAUCAUCAGCUGAUAGAAAUUUGAAUUUACAAGACAUCCAUUUCAACCUCAAAUGGAUCCAAAAAGAAGUUGCCAAUUUUGGUGGCGACCCCUCGAGGGUAACUUUAAUGGGCCAUUCAUCUGGAGCUACCCUAGUCGAAUGGAUCUCCCUCAGCCCAAAAUUCGUCGGCUUUUUCCACCAAACAAUCAUGAUGAGCCCGUCGAAGGCCAUGUUUGGAGCGGAUAUCAGCAAACGCAUUAAUGAAAAGGCGAGUAUAGCAGUGGCGAAGCAUGUAAAAUGCUUUAAUCCUUUUCCCAAUAAUGGAAAGGUUAUGUCACUACGCGGGAGUACGGAAAUUACGGAGGAGAACGUGGAGGCGAUUUUGGACUGUAUGCGGAAUAAGACGUAUCAAGAUAUUUUGGCUGCCCAAGUGGCGCUCUACGACCAAACCGAAGAUUUUCAUGGUCCCGGGAUAGACGGGCGUCACGGGUAUAUUCCCGAUUAUGCAAAUCAUCUAAAAAGAACGAAAAGAAGAACUUUGAUAGGCACUACGUCUGCUGAAUCGAAAUCUGGAGGAUUUAUGAUGGGCCAUCCGGCUCGUCUAAAGGAAACGUGUACUCAUCUGGGCUUCGAAAUGAAAUUCGAGGACCCGAUUCUAUUCUCAAAACGAUGUUUCGAACAAUACUCCAAACAUCGUACACCCAUCGAAUUUUUCGAUGAUUUGGCAUUCUAUGCGUCGACGGCCAAAAUUGCUGAUGAUUUGGUGGAUGUUGGCUCUGAAGUUUACAUGUAUUCCUACGAAUAUCAGGACACAGGAAUGGCGUUUAAAAACUUAACAAAUGAACAGUUUCCAAGGGAAAGGAGGCCUACACAUUCUGAAGAUUAUAUUUACGUGAUGGGAAUUCAUCGCGGCCCAUUUACGCCUAAAGAUUGGGAAAACGAGAGGGUUUACAGUGGAAUUGUUGCUGAUUUUAUUAAAGGAAAAGAUUUGAGUCGACACUAUCGUCCUUGGAAGCCUUGGGAUCGGGAUAGGAAUUAUUUGAGGAUUAAUUUUGAUCGUGAUUACAAAAUUCAAAAAGCUAAAGUUGGCUAUAAAUAUUACCAAGAUGUCAGUGAUUUUUGGAAUGAAAGAGUGACCACAAAACACCUCCCCCUGAAAACAUACCCUCCAAGUUUUGAUACCUUUUGGGCUGAGAAUUUGAUGACAGCCCUGGAAAGUUAUUAUUUUAAUGUGACCACCGCUCAUGAUAAAACGAUGGCCGCGGAAAUGAGGAUAUACAAGGAAUGGACGGAAUAUUUAACGCAGGCGGCUUUGGAAUUUGAAAAGGCGCAAAAAUUAGCUAAAUUCAAUUUUCACAGCGCCGCACAACCUCAAUUUAAUGGUUUUAUUUGGGAAGAGGUGGCAGGUACCCUCCCGGUCCUCGCGGUUGUUAUAUUCGGUACCCUAACUAUAAUCGGGCUAUACGUGCUUAUAAAAUGUUUAUGGGAUGGCUUCGUAAUGAGUCGGACUCCGGCAAAGCCAGCGGAACAGCCACUUUUGUCGUAUGAAUACCUAAACAUGCCCCCACCACCAUCUUACAGUAGUUGCGUGGAAAAU